GCUAUGUUCAGUACAUUGAACAUAAAGUAUCAAAAUGGCAGUCUGUCAUCACGAUCACUAAGUAGGAAACGUAAUUUUUGUGUUGUGCUUAUAUCUCGGAUCGAUCUAUCUAUGCGGAUUAAUAUCUUCGACGAGGAAACAGUGAAAGAAAGCAUUUUUAAGACAUGUAAUGGAAAAUUUCAACAGAGAUGAAUUGGAUGAUAGCGAAGAAGAUGUAGUGACAGAUUUCUUCCAGACAAACUCCAUAACAAAUGAUAUAAAUAGUAUCGAUACACCAGAUUACAUAAACAGAACGAUGCCAAGCAGUACCCUAGUUCCCGCAAUCAGUGUUACUCCGCAUUCGACAGCUGGCAGAAAUUAUCCUGUGCUUGAGGAAAAUAUACAGCAGCUUCAUGAAAUACAUGAGGCGAUUCAGCAAAUGCGUGAUUCCGCUACGUUGGGAUUAACACAGAUAAUGAACAUUUGCGGUUUGAACGGCACUCUCAGUUCAUCGUGCCCUUCAUUGAGUAAACCUCUGUGUCAUUCUGAUAACGAUACAUCCAGUCUCAAUUCUACCCCUACCCAAACAGAUCUAUCCUCGGUGUUUGAUUCGUAUUGUAAAUACAAAUCGGGAUAUGUUAAAAACAGAAAUUCUUUAGACUGGCAUAAUAUGGUUUUAAGCUGUGUCGAGAAUAAAGAAAGCGAAAUAAUAAGAAGAAGAAGUUGGGCCGCGUUGGACGAUUUGACCAAAAGUCACAUACACAACUCGCAAAUAGUCAAACGAGAAAAAAGUGCAAGUUUGAGUAGUAUGGAGUCGGAAGUUGAAGAUCCAUUUGUAGACAGUACUGCUAAUUUGUUAGCUACUAACAACUUGACGUUUUGUCAUUCGAAACCCAGUAAAAGUGUCGGUUUCAUUAAGCGUAGAUUUAGUGGAAAUUCGUCCUCUCAUUCGCUGAACGAAUCCGACUAUCAGAAUGCGUUCAACAAAAUAAUUGCGAAACGAGCGGGCGAAACGUGUUUGCUACAAACUAGACUACCUUUACAAAAGUCUGUUUCGACACCAUCUAUAAUGAGCAGCCAUGACGUAAUAAACAAACAAAAUGUUAUAAGCAACGACAAUAGUAUCACAACUAAAUACAAACCUUCGACUCAUCAUAGAGGUCGUCCUAGUGGCACAGAAGACAGUGAGACCGAAGAAGAGACUUUGGAUGUAGAUAGUUCUAUGAAACGUUGUUAUAUCACCCCUUCGACUAAUAGCACAAAUAUACCUUUCUACAAUUUGUUUUCCGAUACUUCGGAGGACCAAAAUGCAAAGAGGAGAAAGAGAGGGAGUUUGUUUUUUAGAAAGAAAAAAGAUAAAUCAAAGAAAGUUCUUCACUCCUGGGCGUCACCGCCUUAUAGUAAUUUUGAUCAAACAUGUGGUUGGUGUACAAAACCUUUGGAAAACAAGCCGGCUUUGUCGUGUGAAAGUUGCCUAAUUACUGUUCACCAAAACUCAUGUAAAGAUCAAGUUUCUGAAUGUGUCAAACAAAAAUACGGCAAGAGUAAUUUAAGAUUUUCGUCAUCGUCGUUCCAACAAAGAUUUUAUGGUAAAAGACAAAAUAGUACAAAUCAGUCGUCUACUCCAAACAGCCAUACCGAAGACAAAGACGAUCCUCAUUAUCAUCCACAAGACGGUGUAUCGUUUUCAGACGAAGUGUCGUUGGUGCAAUUUGAGUUUUUGAAUGAAAAUCACAUUACCGCCCACGAUCUAGAUGCCGAUCCUUCGCUGGGCUUACACGAGGAACAGCCCGAUUCUUGGACUCCUACUGUGGCCAAAGAAGUUGUAAAAAAGUUGAAAGACAAAGAAAUCAAACGACAAGAACAUAUUUACGAGUUCGUGCUGACCGAAAAACACCACUGCCUUACUUUAAAAGUGAUGCAGAAAGUGUUUGUUGACGGCCUUCAAAAACAUUUCCAACUCGGCGAAAAAGUUUAUCGUAUGUUUCCGCGGCUCGCCGAACUAACCGAAAUACAUCUUGGGUUUUUGAAGAGUCUUAAAGAAAAACAAAGAGUUGCCGCUCUAGAGAACGGCGGCGUAGUAGACUCCAUCGCAGAUUUGUUAUUGGAUCAGUUUUCGAGCGUGAACGCUCAGCGUUUAAAAAGCUCUUACGGAGAGUUCUGUUCGAGGCACAGAGACGCAUUGGAUGUAUACAAAACGUUGGAAAAAGAUCCAGGGUUUUUCAAUUUUAUAAAACAUUGUCAGGCUAAUCCACUUUUGAAAAAGAAAGGUAUUCCCGAAUGUGUUUUGUUCGUAACCCAGAGACUGACCAAGUAUCCUUUGCUGAUUGAGCCACUCAUAAAGACUUCCAAAGAAAACAAAGUGGAAUGUGAAAAACUGGCUCGAGCGUUAGCUUUGGUUAAGGAUAUCUUGGUGGAAGUCGACUCUCAAGUAGCCGAAAAAGAAAAAGAAGAUAGAAAACUCGAAAUAUACAACCGAUUGGAGGCGAAAUCGUACACCAACUUUAGAGGGCGCAAGUUCAAAAAAUCAGAUUUACUAUCUGAGAAUCGGAGACUAAGAUUUGAAGGCACAGCUUGGCUUAUGCAACGCCAUUCUAAAAUGCAAAUGGUUAUGGUCAAUGUAAUUGUGAUGACUGACGUGUUGUUUUUUAUACUGGAAAAUAAUCACAAGUAUACAUUUUUUAUGCCCGAAAGCAAUAAAGAAAAAGAGACCAAAGUAUUGAAGCCAGUUGCCGGAGUCGUGUCACUGCAAAAACUUCUCGUCCGGGAAAAAGCUGGAACCGAUACUAAAGGUAUUUACUUGAUAUCAUCAAAUCCUGCCGAACCGGAAAUGUUUGAGCUCAAAGUACACAAGCCCAAAGACAAACAAGUUUGGAUAAAUUCCAUUCGAUUAGCCGUGCAAGAAUGCCCUGAAGAAGAAGACGACGGUUAUGUGACUUUGAGUUUCGAAGAACGUCAAAGACAGUUGGAAACCAAAAAAAAUAAUAUCAGAGAAAUUGUCGAAAUCUUAAGACAAAAGGAUCUAGAACAAGCUUUGAUACUCGAAGAAAUAAUGGGCUUGAAAUUAAAAUUGUUGGCAUCUGCCGGAGUGGAAAGUCUACCACUUGAAACGCCAUCUUACAGUCAUUUGGUCACGGAACAUCAAGACUCAGAAAAGAUACGUAAAGAAGUUAUGAAUGCGUUACAGAAAGUGAAUGAGUUGGCAUGUUCCCUGUAUGCAUCUGGCACAAAUUUAUCACGCAGCGCCAGCUCGGUAGGGGAACACCAGAGUGUGACAUAUGUUUCACCGACAUUACCCAAAAGAGCUGAAACAUUUGGCGGUUUUGAUAAUUCCGUGUCCUCUCCUAAAAACGUUUUAAGAAAAUUACCAAAAGUAGUUGACGGCAAUGAAAACAACGUGGAAUCGGGUAAUUCUAGUCCAGUGGGUACUCCAAAUUCUGCCCGUAAAGAUAAUAAAUCUAGAGAUAGUAGUAAUCUUUCGUGGAAAGAAAAUUGCAGUACUAGUUCGUCUCAUAGUGCCACUACAAUACAAUCGUCUGGUGAAAUUCCUAUAUUGCUAGCCUUGGGGAAAGAACAACAGGCGACUGCGAUGGAGCUAUCGCACUAUAUUUACACCCUGUCUUCUAUUAUUUCGCAACAAAUGACAAAUGUCGACAGUCUUCAAGCGGAAUUGGCCGUUUAUAAAUCGCAAAAUUUAAUCGAAGAUCCAACGCUUAGCGGUUCGACCAUUGGCUCGAGUAGCUGGUUAAAAGAUAAGAAGCCCGUAUACAGACACAACCAACAGUUAGAAGAACUUCGUAAUCUACAGGAUAAGUUGACUCAAGAGAAAGAAACAUGGAUGCGAGAACGUGAUCUUGAAAUGAAAGACCUCGAAGAAAAGAAAGAGCAGCUUCAAAGAUUGCAGGAACAAGUACGGCUCGAACAAGCCGACGUCACUCAACAACGAGAACAGUUAUACCUCAAACUACAGACUUUGACGAAUCAAGGAAUAAUUGUAUCGCCCAACAUGCAACCGCCACCAGUGUCGCCGAAUCAGCAAACACAAAACCAAUCGACCGCCGACGGCGCUAGUCAUCCGUUAGCUCAUUCGGAAUCCGUGCGUAGUAAACGGUCCGACUCUGUCAAAUGGAAACAGCAGCAUCCGCCUCCUUCGUCCACUUCGUCUUCUACUUUACCUCUUAACCUCAUCAGUGCCACUAAUCAACAAAAGGUGGCAUCAAAAGUUCAGAUAAAACAAAAAUUACCGUUUAAACUGGCAAACAAGUUGAGUAGUAAUCAUACAUCGGCCGAACCGGCAGUGUCCAGUGCACCGAGUGUUACUUCACCUACCCAGGCGGCAAAUUCCAAACAACAAUUAUUGCCAUUAAAGUUACGAGAGAGUGCCAAAAAUCCUGCAAGUCCUGUUCAAGCGAAUUCUCACGAAUUGUCUCCGCCUGCGCCGCAAGGACCUAGUCAUUCACGUACAGGAUCUAGUCCGGCUAUGAUGCAAAAUGCUCAAAUAAUAGAAGGAAAACAAUCGGGACAGAAAGCUGGCCGGACAAAUACGUAUCCGAAACUGCCAGACAAGUUUCGAAUCCGCAGUCCAGAUUCAAAGCAGUCGAAGACGGCUCCAAACAAUGGCAGCGGCAAUAAUAAUACUUCGACCACAGGCACUGCAGAAGAGGAGGUGAUUUACUUCUGACCCAUAAUUCUUUUUCUUAAAAAAAAAACUUAACCAUCUUCAUUACUGAUUAGUUGAUCUCUUUGUUUAUAUCAAAUAGGAAAAACUACUAUGGACAUACUUAGACAAUAAUUAAUAAUAAUUAUAAUUUUAUAAAUAUUAUUAUUAUUAUUACUACUAUUACUACUACUACUACUACUACUACUACUAUUACUAUUAACUUUAAUUGGACCUUAAUUUUCCAUUCCAAUUAUUAACUCUUGUCUUUUAGGUUUUUUUAUGCAUCUUAUGCCUAAAACGAUUUUUCUCUAAAA